CGAACGAUGCGUGGUGCCGUUGUUCUGACUAUUAUGACAGGCAAUCGAGCCAUGGUACAACAUCCCGCUUAGCGCCUAAAUCAUCAAUGUUCUUCGCACAGUAUUUCUUCCGCAAAACCUACGACUUCUGGAUAUUCACCACACACAUCUCGCUGGAGUCAUCUCAGUUCUCUCGAUAACCCUAGAAUACGCCAUACCAUUUUCUAUCUCCAAAAGCAUUACCAUACAUCAAAGAUGCCUGUAACAACGACCCCGCACCCCUCCACAUCAUCCUCUACCUUUCUCACACCCUCCGCCAAACCAGUCUUCUUCUGGAAGCCGCGCGACGGCCACGGCUACCUCUGCCAAUGGUACUGGUCCAAGUUCACGAUCAAUGACGAAACCUACGCGACUGCCGAAAUGUGGAUGAUGGUGCACAAAGCGCGUUGUUUCAGCGAUGAAGAGAUUGCGAAACAAAUGCUGGAGACUACCAGCCCAAAAGAGCACAAAGAUCUGGGACGGAAGGUCAAGGGGUUUGAUGAGAAGGUUUGGGACGAGCAAAAGCUGGAGAUUGUGAAGCAGGGCACAUAUCACAAGUUUACGAUUAGUGAGGACGCGGAGAAUUUGAGGAAGAUGCUUUUGGCUACUGGUGACCGCGAGUUGGUCGAGGCUAGUCCGCAUGAUAGGAUCUGGGGGGUGGGUUUUGCGGAGAGAGAUGCGGAGAAGAAUCGGUAUCGGUGGGGACAGAAUCUUCUGGGGAGGGCGUUGAUGGAUGUCAGGAAGAGGUUGAGGGAGGAGGGAUAUUGAUCGCUUGUGAAGGGCCCUGAGAGACUUCACAGAGUGGUUUCGCUGAUCUGUAGAGGGAUUAGAUCGUUAUUAAUAGGCC